AUGGAUGCUUUUGAGCAGGUACAAAAUUCCGGUAAAUCCAUGAAGAAAUUUACCAAUGCAGCAGUUGUUAUAAACUCAAAUGACAAAGGCCUCCGUAUGGUCAAUUUUGUGGGCGAUUUACGGGUGUAUAAUAUCACGGAAAAUAACAUCAUAUACGUCCGUGCUUGCUGUUGGGCUUCCUAUAUGAGGAAUGUUAAAUACAAGGUGAAAGUGGUUUGUAAACAAAGCGGGACCCCAAAGAUUCUAGCAGCAAAGUGUGAUAGGCAGUGUCCGGCUUCCAACAGUGGGUGUUAUUGUCAUGUUAUGGCGCUCAUAUGGAAACUUGAGGACAUGACGAGAAAGUCAGAGCUAAAAAAUAUCACUCCUGACAACAGAUGCUGCACAUCAAAACCGAGGGAAUGGGGAAAAGGGGGUAGACGAGAAGUAGAGUUCUCUCCAGUGAUGGCUUUAAAAAUAACAAAACCAAGACAUGCGUCUGACUUACCUGGUAGGAAGAAAAGGAGUAUUGAUUCUCAGUUUUACGAUCCCAGACCACUGAAGUUACAUAGUCACAUAAGCUUGAUGCUGAUGGAAUUGCAAAGCUGA